CUUCCGACACAGGAGCUCUCGGACAUUCGUUGGCGCGUGCCUGACCAACCAGUGAGUUCGUUGAUUGAGACGAUCUUUUGCGGCGGCGGUCCCAUGCGUGCAUCGGCGCGAGGUGCUUCUAGCUCAGGAUAUUUCGGCGGAGAUAAACCAGCAGGCAGUCGGCCGAGCAUCACCAAUUCAAGAGAAGCCAGGCGGUGAAAACUGUACCCGGUGCCUCCAACAAAGACAACCCGCCACGGAGGUGACUGUGAUGUGAGCUCUCAAACCUCAUCAGUGCGCCGUAUUCUGUCCAGUUGAUCGGUAGCUGGUGACUGCGUCACAGCAGUGGACCUUCGGCACCCCGUGACGUCAUCGGGGCGGGGUUCAGCGUUCUUUACUGAGCGCUAAAAGGCAUCAGGCAGCUGCAAAGUGGUUUGUCUGGGUGUGAGCACCUCGGCUUCUGAGGCAGCUCUGGCCUUCAGCAGGCGUCUCACAGACACAGCUGUCAGCGGCAUGUUCGACGACGGACCUCAGCUGGCCAGGCCCUAAGGCGGGGCACGGCAGCUGGACACGGUAGCAGGAGUGAGCGGCGGCCGCUCUGCGAAACCGUGCCGAAGCCACAAGCCUUGAAAGGAUGGCCCGAGGGGAUGCUCCUAGGAGUUGUGCUCUUCCUCUUCGUGACCUCGCAGAACUCUUCGCCGGUGCCGCUGGGCAACAUCUCGACACAGGUCAUCGAUGUCGACGUUAACAGCACGGAGUCGCCCCACAAUGCGACAGGGGCGUUCUCAAGCGAGACCCAGGGCAGCUACCUAGCCACGCCUCGUCUCCCGCCCAUCGGACGCAGGCCCUGGAACGGUACGCUGCCAAAGACGGUCAAGCUGACGCUGAUGCCGGACACCUCGAGCCUCUCCGAUGACGACCUGCUGGAGCUGACGAUGGUAAAGGUGGUGCGCGUGUCGCCGGCGCCGCGCUCCUCGCGGGCGUUCGUCAGCGACUGCAGUUAUGACCCCACCAUGCCGGCCUCGUCGACGGCCGCGCUGGACGGCGUCGAAUCCUCGGAAGACAGGUGUCAAUCCUGCGAGCUAGACGACGACGGCCUGCCACUGGACGACGAGCAGGAGCUGGCACCGGGGGAAAAGGAGGACGCCGCCGCCGAACAGAUCUUCAUCGACGGGCUGGACGCGCUCCUGGCGCGCCAGGCGCUGCAUAAGGCGCUGAGGGUCGGACUGUUGGACGCGGGCACGUUCAGCGCCGAGGAACGGCGGCGACGGCCACUAGCCGACCAGGCGGCGGCGCUGUGCAAGUGUCUGGUCAACAAGGACGAAACGACGUGCAGCGGCAAGACGAGCUUCUGCGACACGCUGCCGCAAACGAAGGUGCCUUCCGGCAUCCUUGACGUCAGCGAGACAAACAUCUCGCACCUGGCCGCGCACAGCCUCGAAUUUUUCCGUGCCGUGUCAGUCCUGAAGCUGGAGAACAACCAGCUGGGCAGCAUCGACGACGGAGCCUUCUUCAACAUGUCUAGCCUUCGCAACCUCAGCCUGUCGCAGAACAGGCUGACCGACCUGGGGGAGAAUGUUCUAAAGGGCGCCAGCAAUCUGGUGGAGCUACUGGUGUCUUACAACAAGUUUAACAAUCUUUCUAUGGUGACCCGUGCUACGACGGCUAUCACGGCGCCAUCACUGCUACAUCUCAGUAUCGGUGGCAACAAUUUCUCCGUCGUUCGGCGACAGGACUUCGCCGCAAUGAGGAACGUACCAAUUCAGGAUCUACAGCUGCACGAAAACCGCAUCCAGCACAUUGAACCGUACGCCUUUAAGGACCUGAAGCAUUUACGACGGCUUAGAUUGCGGCGUAAUCAUUUGGAGAUUGCAGAGGUGGUGGAAAUGAUCACAGCGAUGCAAAAUAGCACACUGGAGGUAAUUGACCUAUCCAUGAUCGGCAAGUACAGCAUAGUGGAACUCAGACCGGUUCUGGACGCUAUAGCAAACAGCAGCAUCACCGCCCUCCAGCUGAAUCACUACUGCUUUCCCUUCCUGUUCAAAAUCCAUUUUCCCGCGCUGGACAAACUGAAAGUCCUCACAUUGGCUCAGUGUGGGAUCUCCGUGAUUUACGAGAACACCUUUGAAGAAUUCGUCUCCCUGGAGCAGUUGGACCUCAGCGACAACUAUCUCUCCUACGUGCCGUCGGCCGUUCUCCUGCCGAACCUGCACUCACUGGACCUGUCACGUUCUGAGCAGCUGCCCUACUUCUCCAGGUUCAGCUUAUACCAGUAUCGCUUCCGCGACAUGGUAAAUUUGAGAUACCUAGACCUGUCGAACAACCGUAUCGUAAACCUGGAGCGAGGCGCCUUUGUCGGGCUCGAAAACCUAACCGUUCUGAUGAUGAAGAACAGCGAAAUUCGCCAAGUUGCCAAUUUCACAUUUAGUAUGAUGGAAAACCUUUCGGAGCUGUAUCUCAGCAACAAUCCACUCAACAACCAGGUGUUCGAGUACACUUGGCAAGGUCUUACCAAGUUGGCCGUCCUCUUUCUCGACAACUGCACAAUAUCGACUUCAGACCUGUACCUGAGGGAGACACCCCGCCUGGAGAUCCUGAACAUGAAGAACAACUUCAUUCAGACUCUGACGCAUGCCACGUUUGGUCACCUCCGCUUCCUCAGCGCGGUAGACCUGUCUCACAACGACCUCUUGCCGUGGGAGGAGCGCGUAUUUGACUUCCCGCCGAACCUCACGCGGGUCUACCUCAGCCACAACUCCAUCACGCACGUCACCACCGCCAUGGUCGACGACUUCCAGAACCUUCGCCUGCUAAAGCUCGGCUUCAACCCGUACAGGUGCACGUGCGAGCUGUACGAGUGGCUCCUCUGGGAGGAGGCGAACAGUCCCAGCUACGGUGUUCUGUAUCCGGUCACCUCUGACAUCAAGGACUGCGUGUGCGACAGUCCGCGAGUCUUCCGCAACAUCUCCGUGCUCGACUUUUACAGCCUGUCCAACAAGUCGCCCUGCGCCGUCGAGCCGUCCACGAGGAUGCUGUUCACCCUGCUGCCGGUCGCCGUCAGCGGAAUGCUGGUUGCUGUGGGGAUUCGGCUCCUGUACAGAAACCGUUGGUACCUGCGCUACUGGCUAUUCAAGCUGACAUCGAAGCGGUGGGUGAAGAAGCUUCGAAAGGACUCCAGUGGAUACCUGUACGACGCAUUCGUCAGCUACUCGAGCGAAGACGCCGACUUUGUUCUGGAAAUGAUCGAAAAUCUUGAAAAAAUCAGCCCAUAUUACCGUCUGUGUGUCUACGAGAGGGACUUUGAGAUAGGAAAUGUGAUAAGCGAGUGCAUACUGGAGAGCAUCACAACAUCCAGGAAGACGAUACUGAUCCUCACGGACCACUUCGCCAAGUCGCACUGGUGCCGCUGGGAGAUGAACCUCGUCCAGUGCCGGCUGUUCGAGCAGACGCGGGACGACCUGAUCCUCGUCAAGCUCGGCAAGAUACGCAGGCGCCACCUCACGCCCACCAUCCGCUACCUCAUGCGCACGCGCAUCUACAUCGAGUGGGGGCCCAGCGCGCAGCAGCAGCAGCUCUUCUGGGAACGACUGCGGACGGCGCUCAGGCGCCCCGGCGGGCUUCCGCACCUGCCGAGGACGGUGUGACGGGCUGCCGCAGCUGUGCUGGGUUCAUCGUUAUCCCGGCGUCCAGCGCCGCCGCGCGAGGGACGAUGCGGCGAGCUGUGACGCACCGCAACCGCGGUGGAUCGUGAAGAGCGCUGCCCGCGGUGGCCGGACUGUACAACGGAAGUUUGGAAGUUGGAAACCGUUUUUUGGAAGUUUGGGCUCCUGGCCUGGCUGGUUCCAUGGUAGGUGUGAUUGUAGCCCAGGACGAGGUGGCAGCAGCUAUGAGGUGUUGUACUUUACUGCGCUGCGCUGUUAUACCCGCCCAGAGCCGUGCGUCGGUCUGCCGCAACUGUCCGGGAUGAUCAUACAAAUCUUGCGAGCACUGUUCUUGCCGUUUAGCCGACUAUGAGCAGCCAGGAUCACGUGUGUAAGCCGCUAGGAUUUGCUUGUGCCCUGGUUAACAGAAAAGUACUGUCUGCCUAGAUCGACUCGUCGAACUAUCCGUCGGAAAAUGUCUGUUGCUGUAGGAAGGCUAAUGGCUGUGGCAUGAGGUGAUAUUAAGCACUUAUGUCUCCCAGCUGGUUUCAAACACCUUUUGAGACCUUGCGCAUGCAUAUCGUUUAAUGCUUUAAAUUCUCUGACAAAACCGUCUGUUUUUCUUCAGGAGCGUUUUGUUUCUAAAGCUUCGUAAGUGCGUGACUGCGCGGCAGAUUGGCACAACUGAGGAGAAUGCCACGUUCCAUAGGACUGGAUGAUCGAAUGUGCGAAGCACGGUGAAGACGUGCAUGUGGAUAUUACCCAGACAGCGUGAGCCCUCUGAUGCGACUGUGGCUUCUGAAGGCACUGUGGGAUGUUAGAAGAGGCAUUUUAUAUGGAAAGCGCACCAUAUUGACGGCCGUUACUACCUGCGUACGUGACGUUUCGAGUCGUUACCGCCCGCGUGCAUUACGUCUCGAGUUGUUGCCACCUGCGUGCACGACGUCUCGAGGCGGUCGUUACGCUGCCUUUGGUUGUCAUCCCUGGUACACGGAACACGCUUACCGUCAUGCUCCAAAUAGCUUGUCUGAAGCCUGCGUGUUAUUUUUGACAGGAACUCCUAGCAUAUGCAAGUGGCUAAGAACACUCCCUGUUGCAUUAAGACCUCACAAGAUAUACUCAGGGAUUCUCAAGUGAUCUACAAUCAGCACGCGAACGCGUCAGAGGGCAGUCCAAUUUCAAAGUGCGACCUGGCUUGGUGCUGCGGUGGCUCAUCGAGCAGGAUGCGAGACCCUCUGCUUGGCCGGGUUGUGACACCAGGUUUGCAUUCGGCGGGAAGCACCUCUAACUGGGGGAGACCUGACUUGUGUGGCCUGGGACCUGGUAAGAGUUGACAUGCGACCUGGUGAAAGGUGACCUGGGACCUGGUGAGAGUUGCAGGCCCGUGAGGGGUGCUCGAUGAAAUCGACGUGUCGUUGCUGACUCGCUGUGACUUUUCUGGGGAACGGCCGUGCCGAGAAUGUGAACGAGUGGAUCUUCAUGGACACGAGAGCUUAAAAGUGGUGAUUGCUGUAAACUUCCGGACCGCGCAUGCGCGGAUCUGUAAGAACUUGAAAGUGGGACGACACAUGUGCUGUGGUGUCAUAUGCUUGUUAGAGCUGUAGGACUCACGAUACUGGUCGAGAUUAGCGCGCUGGGAACUAUACUCCUUGGCCUUCGAUGUUCACGCGGCACCGAUGUCACCGUUUCAUAGUAGCCAUCAUAUGCUGCUGCAAAUGCCGCAGGAUAUCUCACCAGCGUCUGUGCGAGCGGUUCAGAAAAUAAGGUAGAAGUACAAAUGGGGCGCGUUGUGGACGGGAGCAUCAGGUGUCAACUGCGACAUGCGUGAACAGGUUGUCGGUAUUGACUGCUAGGCCGGCUCGGGCUAACUUGCUUCAAUAGUGUUGUGUGGCGCUUGUGAUGUUUCCUUGGGCAUACAUGUAGAAAUACAGU